UGGCUGGAGUUCUCACUGAAACUCUAAGUGUAAAGCUCUGGGUCCCUCAUCCUCUGCCUGUGUGAUCUGAAGGUGUGUUUCUGUCAGGAGGCUGGAGAGAUUUUACAGACAACCUUCUAUGAUCCUUGGAAUCCCAGAGGUCCCUGCAAGCCUAGGCCAACCUGGAUUGCACAGGCAUCAGGGGUGGACCCCCAGUUCUCCAACAUCCUGUGUAACCAAAUGACCUUUUAGUUGUGCAACCCCUGAAAUUCAUACUUGCCAGCCAGCACACCAUGACAAGUGCAGAGAGCACUAAACGGCUUUUGACAGAAAGUAGCUAUGUGAGCCUGAGCUGGUUGCAUCCCCUCUCUGGGUCUCUAGGAGAUCUAUUGCAUGGCCCCCAUACUUGAAUGUGCUGUGACUCAGUCAUUGACCAUGGUGGGAGAGAGGAGAGAAAUUUGGGAGGGUGCAUUUCUCUUUGUUUGGUUUAUUUCCACUCAUCCCAUUUUAAUUUUGUCAGGGUCAGAUAAGUAAUUUAUAUUUCCUAGGUCAAAUAACAGCAGACCUGAAAAAAAGUUAAGUCUUUACAAGUUCAAAAAAAAAGUCAAUAGGUAAACUCUUUCUAAGCUAAUUAUGGGAAAAAACAGUGAAUUCAUAAGCCAAAACCAUCUAGAAAAAGAACCCUCAAAUGUUUGACUUUCUUCCUAUUUUGAACACAUGCACUGUUGACGGAAUGAGAAGUGAUCAGGGGGACGGCUUCAAGGCACAACCAACUCCCUGGUGAGCUUCCAGAGGCUGGCAGGGAAGGGCAAAGUUAUAAGCAACUCAGAGCAAUCUUGCCCUGGACUGUCUGGCACAAGAGCAGUUCCUGUAAUUGAAACUGAGGUCAUCAAAGCCCUACUUGGUUGGUCCCCACUGCCAUUUCACAACUUCCACAACCAGGGCCUGAGCAUCCCAGGCCUGCGUGAUCUGGCCCUCGGCAGCCAGCCCAGCCUCCUCUCCUGCCAUCCCUGGAGCAACAGGAGCCAUCCCUGUCUCUUUUGGUGCCUUGAACUCACUUAAGCAAAACAGCCUUUGUGUACACUGUUCUCUCUGCCUGGAGAUUUGUUUCUGUCCCCUUUGCCUGGUGAAGACUUCAUCAUAGCAAGGAGAAGGGCCCAGUGAUUCUGUCACCACUUGCUUCUACAAGUACUUUUCGUUUGACCAAACCCCACUUUUGUUUUAAUUCUGUUUAUUUUGGGAUCCUGGCACAAGUAUACUUCACAUCUCAAUCUUUAUAAUUACUUUGAAGGGAGAUUUAAUUCAUUUGUAUCUGAUGCCCACAAAAGCUAAAUGUCCAUCAUUUUCCAUUUUUAAAAAGCAGUGGUGUUUUAAAGCAUCUCUAUUUGAGCCAAGAAACCAAGUAGGACCUCAGUUUUAAGACGUUCAUCUUCUAAAGCUCUUGAUUAAUCACAGUUCUACUGAUUUUUCAAAUAAAUAUGAAGAUUAUAUAAAUACACAACAAUAAUAAAUAUCUCUAAAUCUGAAGAACAGCAGUUUGGGGGCUUAACUUCAGUGUGGGGCAGGGCAUGGCUCCCUACUCCUCAGACUUCCCCAGUGACUAGGGAAGGUCCUCCAAUAGUCCAAAAAUGGGGGAGAGUGAAGGGAAGACAAAAAGGAGGAAAUGAGAAAAAAACAUGCACAUCAAAAAAAUUUUUUAGGUUCGGCGCUCCCGGCUAGGGGGUAUAUCUUCAUGAAUAACUUAAAUGACCCCCCAAAUUGGAAUAUCCGGCCCAAUUACAGGGAUGAUGGGGGUGAUGGAAGCAAAUGGAAUUAUGCCCUGUUGGUUCCCAUGUUGGGAUUGGCUGCUUUUCGUUGGAUUUGGUCUAGGGAGUCCCAAAAAGAAAUAGAAAAAGAGCGAGAAGCAUACCGUCGGAGGACGGCUGCUUUCCAACGGGAUCUUGAAGCCAAGUACCAUGCCAUGAUCUCAGAGAACCGACGUGCCGUUGCUCAGUUGUCUUUGGAACUUGAAAAGGAACAAAACAGAACGACUAGUUAUCGAGAAGCCCUUAUCGUUCAGGGACGCAAAUUGGUGGAAGAAAAGAAGCUUUUGGAACAGGAACGGGCUCAGGUCAUGAAAGAAAAGCGGCAGUUGCAGCCCUUGAGAAGUGCGUAUCUGAGCUGCGUGGAAAAGGAGGAAGACUGGCAGAGGAGGGCCCAGCUGCUGCUGAAAGAGUUUGAAGGCGCUCUUUCAGAAAGACAGAGCAUCUACUGCAGCCUGGUUCUCCCUCGCAGCAAGCGGCUGGAAAUAGAGAAGAACUUACUGGUCCGAGCAUCCACUGACCCAGUUGCUGCUGACCUAGAAAUGGCAGCUGGCUUGACCGACAUAUUUAAGCAUGAUACCUACUGUGGUGAUGUCUGGAACACCAACAAACGCCAAAAUGGGAGACUCAUGUGGCUCUAUCUCAAAUACUGGGAACUAAUUGUCGAACUGAGAAAGUUUAAGAAAUUAGAGAAAGCCAUACUAGAAGAGUAAGACAAGAAUGAAAUGACACUUCUUUUAAUGACUCAGGUCCGACUGUCAUGGUGACAUUCUGGGUUAUACGAUGGUUUCUUUUUUCCCUUCCUCCCGUGCUACCUGUGUGAGGCCACAUGCACUGAGGGGCCUUGCAGCCUGCACCUCUGAGCGGUACAACAGCCCUCAGCAGACACGGGGUUUCCUCCCCAUCCCCACAGUUAUUCAGGAGGCAGUUUCUCAGAAGCAGUCUUUCAGCUAUCAGCAUUUUAUUCAGCGGAGAGUAUAACCUCAUAUCUUAGCUUUAGGGUAAAAUUGUUUUUAGGAAAGCGAAAUACAAUAGUGAUCCCCACUAUAAGAAAUUUCCUGUCUGCUUUUAUCACUCCCUAAAUAAAUACUGUUUUUCCCUCGAAUUAUUUCUCUUCUAAAAUUACAUUUAGAAGUUGUCAGGUAGUGGAUUAGAACUGCCUAACAGAUGAUAAUA